AUAGAGUAUACACUUAAUAUAUUAAAUCCGAAUAAAGUUCAAUAAAGUAAUUAAAUACCUACGUGAUUACAGUCUAAUAUAAAAAUAUAAAAGGAAAUUAAAGCAAGAUUUCGUGUUCCUUAUAACAAAAUGGAAAAUUCUUUAGAAGAAGCUUUAUUUCAAGCUAUCCUUCUUGAAGAUCAGGGCUCAAUCUCGCACUUAUUAUCAAAAGGGGCUAAUCCAAAUAAGACAGCAAGUCGUGGAAAGACAUGCUUAGGCGAAGCUGCUAACACAGGAAAUGUUGACGUAAUGAAACUUCUCAUAACAGCCAGCAAAACACCACAAAGUAAGAAUAACCAAGCGCCUUCAAGAAAAAGGACGUUAAAAUGCCAUAAAAGAAAGUUCAAACAUGAUGGACAAAUAAGUGAAACAGUUGUGAAAUUUAAGAACAUUAAUGAGAAAAAAAUCAAAGAUUAUAGUGUAGGAAAAUGUGAAAAAUUAGAUUUAUCUCACACUGGACAAAUUGAAAAAAAUAAAGGAUAUUUUGUGUUUAUACACAACGACGGAAGUAGUAGUGAUGAAACACGCGUUCCUAGUUUGAAAUCUCCGAAAAGCUCAUCAUCUAUGAGUCCUUCACCUCAAGCAGACUUGGAGUGGGAUGAAGAUAUAGGCAAUACUGCUCCAACUACCAGUGAAGAUGAAACAUGGUCAUCAAUGUAUAAGUGGUAUGCAGCAAUAUUAGAAUCCACAGGGGCUGCAAUAGCAUCAGCUUCAAAAGUAACUAAUGGCAUAGACCAGCAAGAUGCCUUUAUGAGAACUGCCCUACAUUAUGCUUCAGAACAGGGACAUAUUGAUACUGCAAAGCUUUUAAUAGAAGCUGGAUGUAAAAUAGAUGUUACAGCAAGUGAUGGCCUGACACCUUUACAUGUAGCAGUUGUUAAGAAUCAUAUAGAAAUUGUGAGACUACUUAUUGCUGCUGGAAGUAAUGUAAACUACAAAACUCACGAAAAAAUGACUCCAUUACACUUUGCAUCUUCAAGAGGAUUUUUAGAUAUUGUUAAAUUAUUAGUCAGUAAUGGAGCACUUUUAGAAGCAAGAGACACAGCUGAAAGAACUGCAUUAUAUCUAGCAGCAGGAAGGGGCCACUGUGAUGUUGUCAAAUACCUAAUUCAUAGUGGAGCCAAUGUUAAUGGUGAAGAAAUUCAUGGUUAUACACCCCUAUGUGAAGCAGUAUGGCAAAGAUACACGACGGUUGUCGAAAUUUUACUAUUAGCAGGCGCUCGCAUCACACACUCGCAUAGACUUUUGCAUAAUGCAAUUAUACAAAGACAGGAACCUAUAGUUAAGAUGCUAACUAAAAUCGGUGGAGGUAUAAAUCUACACAAUGACAAUGGGGACACACCCCUACUUUUGGCGGCAAGAUUAUCGCAGCCUUCAGUUGCUAGAUUAUUGCUUGAGAAAGGUGCUAAUGUAAACUCUUGCAACAAUAUCACGGGUGCUAAUGCAUUACAUAUAGCAGUUGAAAGCGUGGAAUCACCUGAACAUUUUGAAGUUCUAUUGAAAUGUUUAUUGGAUUAUAAUAUAGAUAUGAACGCUAUUACAUUAAUAGGCGACACAGCUUUAAACAGAGCUCUUUUGCUACAAAAAGAUCAUGCCGCAGUUUUGUUGAUUCGGUAUGGAGCCGAUGUUAAUACGUGUGACUUACAUUCAUGCGGUUUGGACAAUUUGUCAAUAGCUAGCAGGAGAGAGACGCACGUUUUAGCGCGGAUGUUGCUCAAGGCGGGCCAUUACGUGAUACCUCAAGAUCCUAGUAUUACUACUAAAUCAACAUGUACUACAAAUUGGGUACAACAGACUUGUAAACAGCCCUUGACAUUAUCAGAUUAUUGUAGGAUAACAAUAAGGCGUAUGUGUAAAAGUAAUAAAUUAUUUCGUUUUGUGGCAACGUUACCCUUACCCCGUGGUUUAAAAAGGUUCCUCAUGAUGGAAGACGAGGGGCUCGAAUAAGUAGUAUGAAAUAUUAAAUGUAGACUAAAAUCGAGUGUGCAUUUUGGAAGAAAUGUUGUAUAUAGUCUAUGGCAAAGACUAAAUUAGCCAAGCAAUCUCAAACAGAACUUACAUUAAAUAUAAAAAAAAAUACGUUGAACGUUUCUGAACUUUUAUCGUAAUGUAAUUAGUGAUUUAAUUACAUUUGAAAUACAUUUUCUUAAAUGCUACAAUGUAAUAAAAUAGAUCAAUAUAUUACAUUGAACAUUGUGUUUUUCAUUUUAAUGGCUUUUUGGCUGUGAAAUUGACAGGGCAAACUGGCGAUGAUGUUCGAAUUGCCAUUCGAAUGCUAUCAAAGUAUUUCAUUGAUUUAAUACUUAAUAUGUAAUUUAUCUAGUUAAGUACGUAUGUAGUAAGGGGGGAUAUUAUUUAAUGCUUUUUAUUUAUUUUUGGGAUGAACGCUUUUUUUCCCUACCCGAGCUGGUAGGCUUGAGAGGCUAUGCCAGCGUAACCUAAUGAGUAAGUGAGCUCUCGUAGCUCAAACCUGGGGGCGUUGAUAAUACAAGCCUAACAAGAGCAGUGAUGGAAGAAGAAGGCGACCCACUGAGAAGAUCCGGCGAGAAACUCAGGCUGAUGUUUAAGUUAGGUUGCACAUCCAACUCUGCCGAGUUCGACGAGUACGGUUACCGGGGUCCCUCUUAGCGUUAGAGCUGAAGGCGUGCAAGGGUUGUUGGAUCUGAUGUAUCCGUUAGGACGUGUGUCUAGAAUGUUGACUGCAGCAUGUGCCGAGUCGGAGGUGUAGUUUCCAGACACAUUUCGUGCUUUGUCGUGUAGCUCUACGUGGAAUAUAUAGAUAGUUUCAUUGCAAAUAAUCGUUUCUACCAGGAUCAUCGGGAGUUUCAAUAUCCAUCGGUAAAUUUUGUUACCGAGUUGAAAAACUCUCAAUUAAUUUGUAUUCGACAAAGUACAGAAUUUAGGUUCGCGUAAACGACCGUCUUCCAAUAAUUACAGGGGAAGUCGCCUAAUGUUUUCUUAUCGAAUGAUAUAACUGUUUUGCUGUUGAAAUUCUCUGACAGGCACCAAUUUUAAUAUGUAGGUAUGUAGAUAAUUAAAUGUAU